CUACAAUCGUCAUCAGCAUUGAGCAUUGAACGUGUAGGUAACUAACUAUAUGUACACUUACCCAAAAGUACUGUUUUAUUAUUGUUCGUUUUCACCAUUCAGAAGUUGUGCGUAAUCGUUGUCGUUGUGUGCUGUGUUCUAUUUUUUUUUCAAACCUAUCCGUGAGUAAUUGCAACACCCUGUGAUGACCGAGUAUUAGUUAAUGCCGUUCUCUAAAACUUCGUAAAAGCCUCUGGUUUCGCGUACGAAAAAGAAGUUCUUAACAACGAUGACUCACAAAAGUAUUUAUUGGAGUUUGUCUUUUGUUUGCCUAACUAUUUCCACGGUGUUUUCUCGAGAAGAAUAUUUAUAUAAAAGUUCUGCACUCAAAAAAAGUUUCUUAGACCCUGAUAUAAUUGCACUUCCAAGUAUACGUAUAAAAAGAAAUGCUGAAUCUCUUCUUUCUACAUCUACUCAAAAAAGUACAUACAUCCCAGCAUUUAAAGAAAAAUUGAAUGGAACUAAAAUAACAAAUGAAUUAAAUCUACCUACCACUAAUUCAUCUGCUAUGAAUGAUACUGGAAAAGUUCUUGUAAGCCAACUUACUCCAAUAAAUAACAAACCAUUAGCUCAAGAGAAUUCAAAAAAUAAAAGUUAUACAGGAACAACUCAGUCAGGUAAUUUAGAAUUUCCAUCUGCCAUUACAAAUGAAACACUUUUAAUUCAUAAUAUAACAAAAUCAAAAAAUGAUUCUCAUACAUAUUACAAUAGCACAACAUUUUAUGAUAAAAAUGUUUUUAAUGAUUAUUGGGUGGAAUUGAUGAAUCAUCCCAAUGCUAAUGUACAUGAAAUGUUAUCAGAUUCUCACCGUAGAGCUGCAACUAUCAACUUGAAAUUUAAGUUCCUAUUUUAUGGGCAUUUAUUAAACUCAACAACUAUUGCAACUGGAGGUUUCAUGUAUUUAGGAGAUUACAUUCAUUCUUGGUUAGCAGCCACCCAAUAUAUAGCACCAUUGAUGGCCAAUUUUGAUUUGAGUACAUCAAAUGAAUCAAAUAUUUAUUACAUGGACAAUGGAACUGCCUUAACAGUUACUUGGAAUAAUGUUAUACUUCAAGAUAAACCUAAUAUUGGAGGAUUUACUUUCCAAACAACUUUACAUUCAAAUGGAAAAGUUGUGUUUGCUUAUAAAAAUUUACCAAUCAAAAUCAAAGAUAUUGAUUUUACUAAUCAUCCUGUGAAGAUUGGUUUAUCUGAUGCAUAUAUAAUGGACAAAACAGAAUAUUUUAUGAGGCGGAAAACCAUUUAUGAAUAUCAUAGAAUAGGGCUUAACGAAGAUGAUGUAACAAACGGAACUGUCAUUAUUUUAACUGCAUUGCCUACAUGUUUGGAAAAGAAAAAUUGUACUAGUUGUAUGAAAAAGGAUAUUAAUUUUGAAUGUUACUGGUGUGACAAUCGAUGCUCUUCAGGAGUGGAUCGUAAUCGUCAAGAAUGGCAUAAGAAAGAUUGUGAGAAAUUGAAACUUUAUGAUAAAGAUAUAUGCUCAGCUGAAGUAGGAACACCUUCUACUAUUGAUAAUUCUGGCACAGAAGAAAUUGUAAAAUCUGAAUCACACACAGAUUCUUCACAUUCAAAUACCAGUCUAUUUUUCAUUGCAUUAUGCAUUUCAUUAAUUAUAAUGUCAACAGUUUGGAUAUUAUAUGCUUAUUUGAAUCCACAUACACGGUCCGGACAAAUGUUAAUCAGAUAUCGACCUAAUCAGUGGAGUUGGAAAAAAGGAGAAGCUCGUUAUACAGCUGCUACUGUUCAUAUGUGAUGUGAAAUAUUGACUGAUAUCAAAACAAUAUUAUUAUUUAAAAGUGUUGAAGACAAAAUAUUGAUUUGGCUACACUUAGGUGAUUUUUGAAAAUAACUAAUUUUUUAUACACUAAAUGUUAUUACUUCACAAUUUAUAGAUCAAUUAAAUGUAUAAUUUUUUUUUUUU